AUGCUUGCCGCCAUGCUCUGUCUACGCAGCAAGGGCAAAUGCCCCAAUUGUCGUAGAAUGCAGAAGCAGCUUGAGAAGUGGGAGUCUGGUAAGAUGAAGCCUAUUACUCCAGAAAUGGUCAAGGAGCGCGAGGCACACAAUAGGUUGUCCUCGCACAGGAAUGCUCCCUCCGAGUUGGAUGUCGAACUGGGUGGCGCACAUGAGACCGAUCAUGUGUGUGUCGCUGAGCCUAAGGCGAGCAAGAAGCCAUCGACCUGGGAAGAGGUAAAGGGCAAGGUCUUGCGCGAUAAGAAGCCGUCGGAUACGGUGCAAAACCCGUAUGUCGAGACUGCAGCUAACCGCCCCUUCACUGUCGUUGAGGGUGACACAGUUCACUACAACCCCGACUAUUCACCCCACGUUUCCCCAGAAGCGCCGAGGGUAGAGUACGAACCUAACAACUACCUCUCUGUACCUGCCACAUGCCGUUUCUCAGGCUCCUCCUUCUAUUCUCCUCCUACGGGCAUCCAGCGCGCCAACGGCCGUGAAUCACGCAUCUUCGCCGAGCUCCCAGCUGGCGAACCCAAGCGCUACACCACUAAAGGGAACCGGGAAAUCGUGCAUGCACAAAAUGCCCUGCAAUCAGAAGAGUACAAGCGAGCGGAGAUGAUUAUGAAGCGCGGGACGGCUAGGGAUAGUAUCAUCCAUCGCGCGGCAAGCAUCGUUAAUCUGGCAGAUCAGCAGCUUAACGUUGCGCGCCAUCCGUCGCUUUAUCCUGAGUUUCAUGGCGAGGAACCGGUGGAGCAGUAUGAGAUGGUUGAGUGGCGAAAGAAGGGGGAUAAGGGAUCCGGUUUGAAUGAUGAUCUUUAUAGUAAAUAA